GGUAAGUAACAAAGUUAAGAUGGUUAAGCUCAGUAAAACCCAGUAAAACUGGUGUCCAUGAACAAAUUGUUUUGACGUACAAGGUAUUGUUUAUAAUUAUAAUUUCGAAAUGGCAACAUCUACGCUAAAACAAGAAACAUCUGAAAGAAUAAAGUUAAAGAAAAAACUGAGCAAGGCACAAAUGCAGUUAGCGAUAAUUAAGAAGAAACAAUGCGAUGCGAAAGCUCUGACAAUUGUUGAACAACUUAUAGAACCUAACAUUGAAGUCCAGUGGCUUUUAUCUAAUCUAAGGUAUAUUAAUAAAUGUCAUAUGGAAGAUGUGAUUGAAGAAAGGGCUGUGAUCAAGUUAUGUGGCUAUGUAUUAUGUGUAAAUGUAUUGACAGUUGUGAUUAAUCAACAGUAUCACAUAUCAACAAGAAGAAACAAAGUUUAUGAUGUCACACGACGUAAAAACUUCUGUAGUUCACGCUGUUAUGGUGCUUGUAAUUAUCUUUUGGAACAAAUGCUAACAAGUCCUCUUUGGUUGAGAGACAAAGAAGCAAUAUCUGAUUUUAAAGUUUUACCGAUAAAAUAUGAACCACAGAGAAGUAUACCUGGAGAUGAAAUUCAUCUGGUGGAUACAAAUAUGGUAUUAAAUCCUAAUAGCAAAGAUCAUCCAAUAGAAUUGAAUGAAACAUAUAAUAAUUCAAAAGAUAAUAACAAGUGUCCAACAGACAAUACUGACAUAAAUAUUAAAGUCGCAGAAAUAAGUAAUAACAGUGAAACUUUAGAUUUGGGUGAAGAUCAGUUUUUAGAGAACUCUGUUGAAAAUUCUGAGCACACGAAAGAUGAAAUACUUAUCUCAAAAGAUAUAACUAGUACUGUUGAACAAUGUUCGACUGAUAAUACAAAUCGUAUUGAAAUUCAAGAUGAGAAAGAACUAAACAAUGACAUUAUUUCCUUGAGUGAAAACAAAAAUCAGAAUAAGAAUAAUGAACAAAAGAAGUUAUUAGAAACAGAAAUAGCAUGUAAUGCGGUUAUUGUUAAAGAAGAUUCUGAAGUUAAUAAUGGGAAAGAUGUACAAAAAAUAGAAAAAAAUGAAUCUAAGAAAUAUAAACAAAAAUAUUGUGUUAAAGAGAAACAACGACAUAAGUUUUAUAAUCUUGCAAUGAACAUUGAAUGUAACAUAAAGGAAUGGAUUACCAAAGAUACUAUUUCUUUAUUAUCAGGGGAAGAAGAAAUUAAAAACAAAUUAUUAGAGAAUAUUACUCAACAUGACAGAUACUUGCAUUUGUGUAAAAAAUUAAAUAAAUUUCAAUUAACCGACGAAAAAGAUGAUGCAGAUUUGACAAAAAAUAGUUUGAAACCUAUGCCACAUUUGUCUGUCCUUCAAGAAGAAGGAAAGAAAAUGGAAUUGAAGGUGAAAGCAUUUUUUAAAGGAGAUAUGGUUAUACAAACACCUGAAAAAGUUACUGAAAAUACGCAACAGAAUGAUGAUUUUGCUCCUGUGUUACCUUUAACAGAUUCGCACGACCCUAGAGCGCUUCGGCGACGAAUUUUCUUGGAUAAACUUAAUAGAAUAUUACCAGACUUGGUACGAGCUUUAGCAAGUACUACAUGGCCACAAUAUACUUGUAGUAACAACCAGAAUGCUUUAAUUAAAGCAUUAGUUAACACUUUUUCAUUGUCGGCUACAAAUAUUAUUUUUAAAACUGCUGAAUGGACUCUUGUGGGUCUCAUUAUUAUUAAAAUGUUGAGCAUGAUAGAUCCACAGUUAAAAAACUUACUAUUAACUAGACAGGCAUCAAUGUACAUUUCAAUGAUUUUAAUGUCGUAUAAAUUGGAUUCAAAUUAUUUAGACAGAUUAGUGAUGGAGUUAAUUAAUGACACAAAAGCAGUACAUACAAAUAAUACUACGCAUUUUUAA